GUAAUGUGAAGUCCACGAAUCCAUUCAAGUGAGAAGAAGACGACGCGAUAGUGGUAUUACAAAGCGCAAUUCCUUAACUAAGGAACUCAUCGCAUGAUCUGAGUAAAACACUGCCGCCAGCAAGCCUGGAGAUAUGAUCCCCCAUGACAAGACAUCCCGGACGUCAGGGCCCAAGAAGGCCCCCAGAAAACGAGCCCUGCGGCCCCAGAGCCUUCCCUCUCCGGCCCUGUGCUGUGCCUGCGGGCUGUGCGUCAUGCUGGCAGGCGUCAACAUCACUCUGGUCGGGGCCUUCGCCUUCAAGUCCCUCGUGCCCACCAGCAACCCACCCAUUGUCAUCGGGCCCCUGCUCCUACUGGUGUCCCUGUCCCUCUUCGCGGCGUGCUGCGCGUGUAGCCGCCGGCCCUCGACCCGCGACCCUCGGAAAGCCGUAGGGGGCGAGACCUGGGGGCUCGUGAGGGUGGGGGUGGGCGCCCGGUUCGAGGUGGAGACGAGCGAGCACACGCUGCAGGACACCACGGCGGUGCAGCUCAGUCCCACAGACUCCCUGAGCUCCUCCCACAAGUCUAGUGUCUCCGCCCACAGGGAGACCGUAGCAGCACGGGCCAAUGAGGACGCCCCAGCCCCAGGGUCCUGUGAGCUCACCGCCUCAGAGAAGGGUGACGUGGAUUUGACACGUGACCAGGUCAUCUAGGGACCAGGUGUUGACCGCUGAUGUCCCCCAGGACCACCACAUCCAGAUGAAGGCUCUGCGCCAGCUGUGGUUAACGUGGGGUUGGACUAUACCGGUUCUGUAUGAACACUUGCCACUGUUUCAGGUCAAGAAGGGUCAUUUUGGGUGUUUUUAGGAUGAUUUGUUCUCGUGGGCAGCCAAUGUGGCCGUAGGCUCACUUGAAAAUGGUGAUCAGGUGAAUGUUAGGAAAACCAAACGAAUGUGCUAAUUGGCCUGAUUUUAUAUCACUGUUACGGGAAAUAUUCCACGGUAUCUUGUCCACGGGCUCAAUUGCUACCAGAAAUAGAAAAUUGUGUGUGGCACAGGAUUUGUUCCAACGUGGAAAGAGGUGUUGACUGGCAGAUUAUCUGAGAUACUAGGCUCCGCCAGUCAGCCUCAGUGUCAGAUAAUGGCGCCAGCACAAAUGGCACACUAACCAUAGGGCUCUGGUUAAAGGGAUUGCACUAUAAAGGGAGUUAAGGUGCCAUUUGGAACGUUUACAAUAUGAAGAAAUAUGAAAAAGAGGAGAACUAAGCCUCUUAUCCGUUGUAGAUUCUGUUGGCCUCCCUGUCUGGUUGGGAGUAGUCCUCAAUAUUAGAAUAAAUACUGUUAAUCUCGUUGAAUGCCUCAGAUGUUUUACUCAGAUCUGGGGACUGUGCCGAGGAUGAUGGCUACAUAUACAGCCAAACCCUCCCUAGUGAAGAUGACACUCUUGUGAAGUACAGUUAAUGCACUUAAAGGUACAGUUUGCCUACAUUCAAAAAAAUAAGUGGCCAAUUAAAAGUGUUAUUCAGCAGUCUGUGCUGUUGUUUUGCUUGACCAAACACUUUCUUUAAAAGUAGUGCUGUUCAAUUACCAUCAUACUCCUUCUGAACAGAAAAUUCUGUUUUGAGAUAAUCUAUUUUUAGCUUAUUAUUUAGCCCUGUUACCUAGGUUACUGUAUACCGUAAAAGAGAUAACUUAGUCUAGCAAAGUAAGAACCCCUGAGUCAUUGGCUUGAGUCGUUGGCUCUUAGUUUUUCUGUGUCGCGAACGGCAGCACUUCCCCAUGCAGUGUGCCCCUAUAUUGAUCAUGACCUGUAUCCACAAAAAGGUCUAAGGCAAGUGAUAGUUCUGAUACAGGAUCAGUUUUGCCGUUGAGGUAAUAACAGGUAUAAUUACAUGGACUGAUCCUUGAUCGACACCUAUGUUGAGCUGUUUUUGUGGAAACGGGCUCUGGUCAAAGGUACUGCGUUGAAUAGGAGAUGGGAUGCUGUUUGAAUGCACCCGGUAACCGCUGUCAUCUUCUUUUCCUUGGUGAUUCAGCUAAUUGUGUUGUGUUAUAAUGUCAGUGUACAGUUCAGUAGGUUUGUCUAAUGUGCCUAUACUGUAUUUGUUUUUCUGUAUGUGUUCUAUACACUGGGAUAAUAGAUAGAUUUGGUAAAACACAACAUUUGAUGGG